AUGAGGGGAGAGGGGGAGAGGGCACAUUGUUUUAAUGGAUCUCUUCCUCUGAGACUUGAUGACACCGGAGGGACUGAGGAGAUCAACGAGAUAUCUGGAGCGGAUCCUUUUGUCUGUACGACUCAGGCCAUAGCUGACAUAGUGAUCCUGGUGGAUGGAUCCUGGAGCAUCGGGAGGCUCAACUUCCGCUUGGUCCGCAUGUUCCUGGAGAACCUGGUCAGCGCUUUCAGCGUCGGGAUCGACCAGACCAGGAUAGGUCUGGCCCAGUACAGUGGGGACCCCAGGAUAGAGUGGCAUCUGAAUGCCUUCACCACUAAAGAUGCCGUCCUGGAUGCUGUGAAGAACCUGCCCUAUAAGGGAGGCAACACACUGACAGGCCUGGCCCUGACCUAUAUCCUGGAGAACAGCUUCAAGCCCGAGUCAGGCGCCAGGAGCGGAGUACCCAAAGUCGGUAUCCUAAUCACAGAUGGGAAGUCCCAGGAUGACGUGAUCCCCCCUGCCCAGAGCCUGAGGGACGCUGGCAUCGAACUCUUCGCCAUUGGUGUAAAGAAUGCUGAUGAGAAUGAGCUGAGGGCCAUAGCUUCUGAGCCUGACAACACUCAUGUGUACAACGUGGCAGACUUCAGCAUCAUGAGCUCUAUCAUAGAGGGACUGACUCAGAUAGUCUGUGAACGGGUAGAGGAGCAGGACAAGGAGAUCAAAGGAGAGUCUGCAGGUCAGGAGACACAGGGAGCCCCUCAGGACCUAGUGACAUCAGAGGUGGCAGCCAGGAGUUUCAGGGUGUCCUGGAGUCACGCUCCCGGCAGUGUAGAGAAGUACCGUGUGGUGUUCUACCCUGCUACCCAGGGAGGACGGCCUGAAGAGGCUGUGGUGGACGGCACAGAGAACUCUGUGGUUCUGCGGUAUCUCAACUCCUUAACAGAGUACCAGUUAGCUGUGUUUGCUGUCUACACCAGCUCAGCUAGCGAGGCACUUCGUGGCAGCGAGACCACAUUGGCUCUCCCCAUGGUGAACGGCCUGGAGCUGUACGACGUUACCCACAACACCAUGCGGGCGCGGUGGAGCGGUGUGCAGGGCGUCUCGGGGUACAUGGUCCUAUACGCCCCCCUGACCAAGGACCAGGCCUCCGAUGAGAAAGAGAUGAAGGUGUCAGACGCAGUAACUGAUCUACAGCUGGAGGACUUGACUCCUGCCACUGAGUACACGGUGACAGUCUACGCCAUGUAUGGAGAAGAAGCUAGCGAUCCUAUGAGUAGCCAGCAGACCACCUUGCCACUGAGCCCUCCCAAGAACCUUGUGUUCUCUGAGGUGGACCACAACUCAGCCAAACUGUCGUGGGAAGCUGCCUCUAGGAAGGUGACAGGAUACCGCAUCAUGUACGUCAAGACUGACGGGCUAAAGACUGAUGAGGUGGAUGUGGGUCCAGUCACGUCCUGGACUCUGAAUGACCUGACGUCUGCAACGGAGUAUGAGGUAGCCAUAUUUGGGAUCUACGACGAGGGCCAAUCAGAAGCUCUCUCUGGCAGCUUCACCACCGACCCUGUGCCAGAACCUCUUGACCUCCAGGCCAGUGAGGUCACAGCAGAGAGCUUCCUGGUCAGCUGGGGUCACUCUGCUCCGGGCAUCAUCCUCUACAAACUGACCUGGGCUCCUUAUGAUGGAGGGGACACUAAGGAGAUGGCUCUAAGUGGUGAUGUGGACUCCUUCCUCCUCAGUGGACUGAGCCCUAACACGGAGUACGAAGUGAUGCUCCAAGCCGUCUUCAAAGACCAAUCAGAGAGUGAUGCGGUGUUAGUGGUGGAGACGACACUUGCCAGGACAACAACGGUUGCCACUACAACGCCAGUGGUGCGUCAGGCGGUGAGAGGCCUGCAGGUCCAAGAGGAGACCACCUACAGCCUGGAGGUGUCAUGGCAGCUGGAGGAUCCUAAGGUGGACCAGUACAGAGUCACCUACGUCAGCCUCACAGGAGACCGCAACGAGGAGUCAGUCCUGGUGCCUGGGCAGCAGACCACAGUCCUUCUCCAGCCUCUGCUGUCUGACACAGAGCACAAGGUGACGGUUACCCCAGUCUACACAGAUGGACAGGACGGCAUCAGUGUUUCUUCAGUGGGCAGAACAUUGCCCCUCUCGGCGCCUAGCAACCUGAGGGUGUCUGAGGAGUGGUUCAGUCGCUUCCGCAUCACCUGGGACACGCCUCCUUCUCCCACCUUGGGCUUCAGGGUAGUCUACCAACCCACCUCUGGGCCGGGGUCAGCUCUGGAGACCUUUGUGGGAGACGACGUCAACACCAUGCUGAUCCUGAACCUGCAAAGUGACACUGAGUACACUGUGAAGGUCAUCUCUUCCUACACCACGGGAUCCAGCCAGCCUCUCCAGGGCACCGCCAAGACAUUGUACCUGGGCGUGACCAACCUGAACACCUACCAGGUGAUGAUGUCCAGUAUGUGUGUUCAGUGGCAGCCCCAUCGUCAGGCUGACCUCUACAGGGUGGUCAUCGAGUCUCUGCUCAAUGGCCAGAAACAGGAAGUGAGUGUUGGAGGCUCUGCGUCUAGACAGUGUUUCUAUGAUCUGACCCCUAACAGCCAGUAUAAGAUCAGCGUUUCCACCCAGCUACAGGACAUGGAGGGGCCCGCCGUCACCACCAUCACUACUACACUCCCCGCCCCCACCCAGCCACCGACACCACCCCCCACGUCACCCCCCCUACCGACCAUACCGCCCGCCAAGGAAGUUCACCUUUACUUCAGCACACUGAGUGUACCUGGCGUGACCAACCUGAACACCUACCAGGUGAUGAUGUCCAGUAUGUGUGUUCAGUGGCAGCCCCAUCGUCAGGCUGACCUCUACAGGGUGGUCAUCGAGUCUCUGCUCAGUGAGUAA